UUCCUUCUAGCAUGAAAGUUACUCGAGUCAGAGCUGAACGCGUCUCAAGAGAGAAACGUAUGAAAAGCGUAAACAAAGCCGUCAUUGACCGGCAGUGAGGGCAGAGACUGGUGACCCUCAGUGCAGUCAGAGGUGUAUUCCACUGUCACUGAUUAGGAAAGACGAGAAAUAUGUGUUCCUCCCACGUCCGAGAGAUUGCAGAUAAUUUCUGAAAAGGAAAUGAAAGAAUUGGUCUUCUCAUUUAUUAACCUGCGGCUUAUGCGCGCGUCUGGUUCCCCUCCGUCCUGACCGUCGACUGCAUUAAACUUUGUUCUCGUUUAGUUAUUCAGUUAUUCAUAUCGAAAGGAUAGUAAUAUGGAGGAACGUUUUCUUCCAAAUGUGUUGCGCUUCUACGGUGAAAACGGCUCUCUGUCCACGGGAAACCUGGAGAACUUUCUGCAGCUGAUGACCAUCCGCCGCGCGGCUUCCGUCGAUGACGAGCGCAAUCCUCUGAAGAACACUGAGUGUCCAUCAUUGACAGAGCUGCUGUCCGCCUUUGGGUUGGGUAAUGCUUCUGUGGUCAGUCUCAGUGAUCUGGAGAGGAUGUGUCCAGCUAUUCUCAAUCAGGUCCUUCUCCCUGCCUGUCCUUACACCUUCCCCUCAAACCUUAAUGAAUCCACGGCGUUACCGGAUCACAAAGUUUGGGGUUAUGGGUUCCUGGCUGUGACCGUGAUAAACUUGGCCGCUCUGGUGGGUUUAUUUCUGGUGCCUUUGACGAAAAAAUCAUAUUUUCCCAAAGUCUUGACGUACUUCAUUGGACUGGCCAUUGGGACACUGUUUUCAAACGCUGUACUGCAACUUAUCCCAGAGGCACUUGGCUUAGAUCCCAGAGAUGAUGACUAUGUGCUAAACGUAGUUGGGAUCUUUGGCGGGUUUUACAUUUUGUUCUUCACUGAACGAGUUUUAAAGAUGGUCCUGAAAGCAGAUCCAGAGCUCGGACACAGUCAUUUCCCUCCCCUGCAGUCAUCUGAUGUCACCAUCUCCACCUUCAGCAAUGACAUCAUCAUAAGCAACAUCAGCGGCGACAUCGUUACAAACAACACUAAUCAUGAAAUGAACCCUGUCAAUGAAAAGUCCAACAACCCAUGUGAGAGUCCACCUGUUGAACAGAAUGCUUGUGUUUUACUAGCUUGUCGCUGGCUUAAAGGGGAUGGCAUGUCGAAUAUAAAGACUGUGGCGUGGAUGAUCACUGUCAGUGAUGCCGUACAUAACUUCAUAGACGGUCUGGCCAUCGGAGCGUCCUUCACAGUCUCUCUACUCACCGGCUUCAGCACCUCUAUUGCCAUCUUCUGUGAAGAGUUCCCUCAUGAGCUGGGUGAUUUUGUGAUUCUGUUGAACUCGGGCAUGAGUGUUGGUCAGGCUGCGUGUUUUAACUUGCUGUCAGCGAUGUGCUGUUAUCUGGGUCUGGCGUUGGGGAUCCUGCUGGGCAGUAGUUUUGCCCCAAAUGCUAUCUUUGCCAUUGCUGGAGGAAUGUUCCUCUACAUCUCCCUCGCAGAUAUGUUCCCAGAGAUGAACAGUAUCAUGGCAGCACACACCAGAGGCUAUCGAGGAAGGGUCGUGUUCUUCCUGAUCCAAAAUGCUGGGCUGCUCACUGGAUUCACUAUAAUUCUGCUCAUUACCCUGUUUGCUGGCGAUAUCAAUCUGGGGUAGAAAGAAAGAAUCAGAUGAAAACAAAGUGAAAAACAAAGAACAAUUGUUUUCAGUGCCAGAAACCAAAACCUUGAGACGGACGCUGUUGGUUUUUCUGUUUGUAUAUUAGACUUGUACUGUGUGUUGGGAAAAAUGUGACACAAUCAUAUAGUCCUGGAAGACAUGAUUUUUGUAAUGUUUAAAGAGGUUUUUUUGUUGAUCGUCUGAUGUGAGCUGGCAACAAUACCCUGCUGUGUGUGGAGGAAUUCCUCCGUGGACAGACUAUCUGAGCGGCUUUUUAGUCCGAACGCCAGUGCUGAAGCACACAGUCUUUAACUGAAGGAUAUGAAGGUGAAGAUCAUUGAUGUGUGUCUUUUCGACAGCUUAUUUCAUUAGAGGGAAAAUCUGUGUAUUUAAACCUUGUUUCCAUCCAUGUGUAUGAGUUAGAACAGGAGUUAUAAUAUUGGGUCGAAAGGUUUCACUGUUAACAAAGUACAUAUUUUUUGUUUUUCAGCUAAUAUUUCAGUAUUUUUUGGUAUGUAUAUAUAUAUAUAUAUAUAUAUAUUUGGUAUGUAUAUAUAUUGUAACAUUUAUAAUGUAACAAAGAAAUCUAUUUCAAAUAAAUGCUGUUCUUUUCAACUUUCUAUUCAUCAAAGAAUCCUGAAAAAAAAAAUAUUGUACACAACAAAUGUUGAUCAUCAAAUCAUCAUAUUAGAAUGAUUUCUGAAGGAUCAUGUGACACUGAAGACUGGAGUAAUGAUGCUGAAUAAAUUACUUUGUAAAAUAUAUUCAAAUAGAAAAAAAGUUAUUUUUAAUUGUAAUAAUAAUUCACAAUAUAGGCCCUUUUCACAAUGAUGUCAGUUAACUUCCGCCUAUCCACAAAGCAGUGGAUCUGUUGUUCCGUCUUGCUUUAUAAAUGCUUUAAUAACUUUAAAUGCAAACUGUUUGUCAAGAAUUUACACAGUCGGGUUCUUUUGCUAACAUUAUUUAUUAUUUCCUUUCUGUAACUGCCUUGCUUAGGGUUUCCCAUGAGCAGAAACUUUAGCAAUGUUGUGUCUUUGAAUUGCUGUCAGACUUUUUUCACAAUGAUUGUGUCCACAUAAAUCUGUUAGCCUAUUUGGAAUAACAAGAAUAUUGUCUUUAAAAACAAAUCUUUAUUUUUAGAAAUUAGUAGGCUAUGAUAACGGUAUUGUUCUUGUAAGAUUUAUUUAUGAUAUGGACACCUGAGAAUAGCACAUCCACAUAUCCACAUAUACUCUGAAGAAUUAAUGGUGUGAAGAUUUUAGAUCAUUUUACAUCAUACCAGUUUAAACUGAACUGGUGCAAUAUAUUGAGAUUGUAUAAUUUGUAAGAAGUGUAUUGAAAAUACAAAACAGAAUGUGUUCAUUUAAUGUUAUUCCCUGGAGAAAUAAUUUGAAUUCAUUUAAUGCUGCUAUAACAAUGAGUACUGUUGUAAAUCCUCUGUAUAUAUCCUAGUCUUUUUCUGCAAUAAAGAGAUGAAUGAUGACAAUGGUUUUUUUUUUGGUAAAAAUGCCAUGUACAGCAGUCAGUUUUUACUACAUUAACAGUCUUCAUGUAGAAAUAAUAUGCAAUAAAAAUUGUUUAAUAUAAUAUGUC